CCCGGUUACUCGCUUCCUCUGCGGUCCACUCGGAAUCAGGAAACGUGGAAUCAAGAGUUUCAGUGUAAAACUCUGGCAGUUUCGUUUGUGUAUCACUCCCGACCGGUCGUGGGUUCGUUACGGACGCUUACGGAAACUUGGUAACGCAGCAAUAAAUUGCGGAGUACUCUUAGUGUUAACCCUCGCAGUAACGUUUGACUGUUCGACGUUGGGCUCGAGUGUGUUCUCGGUCGCUUUUUACGGACUCUUGCGGAGCUCAUACGGACCCCUGCGGAAAUCUUCUGGAGCCAAGGAAUGAGAAUUUCAGGCUUUUGAUCAAAGUUUAAGUUAGUCUCUCACAUUAUUUUAAGAAUACUCAUGCAACGGUUCCUACGAUUCUAUCAUAAUGCUCACUUGCUUUUCGGUGUACUAGUUGAAAAUUAAUCUUCAGCUUCUAAAGGAGAAUUACACACUGUUAAAAUAUAACAGAUCUGUCAUCAUGGUUAUUAAGAAAAUUUGCUGCAUUGGUGCAGGGUAUGUUGGCGGCCCGACAUGCAGCGUGAUCGCCUUGAAAUGUCCGGAUAUUGAGGUUACGGUCGUGGACAAAAGUUCUGAAAGAAUCCAGCAGUGGAAUUCAAAUAAAUUACCAAUAUAUGAGCCAGGCCUGUAUGAAGUAGUCCUGAAGUGCCGAGACAAAAAUCUGUUUUUCUCGACAAACAUUAACAAAGCUAUCACAGAGGCAGAUCUCAUCUUCAUCUCGGUGAAUACCCCAACAAAACUUAAUGGAAAUGGGAAAGGUCGAGCUGCAGAUCUUAAGUACGUGGAGGGUGCUGCGCGUAUGAUUGCAGACAUAGCACAAUCAAACAAAAUUGUUGUAGAGAAAAGCACAGUGCCCGUAAAAGCAGCAGAAAGCAUUUUAAGGAUACUUAGGGCAAACCACAAAAAAGGUGUCAAAUUCCAGAUCUUAUCAAACCCGGAGUUUUUAUCGGAAGGCACAGCAAUUGAUAAUCUUAUCAAUGCUGAUAGAGUGUUGAUUGGUGGUGAGGAAUCUGAAGGAGGUCAACAAGCAAUUAAAGAGCUUUCCUGGGUCUACGAGCACUGGAUUCCAGCAGAAAAAAUCAUCACCACCAACACAUGGUCAUCAGAACUAUCCAAAUUGGCUGCCAACGCUUUUCUUGCAUCAAGAAUAUCCAAUAUCAAUUCUUUGUCAGCUGUGUGUGAGGCUACUGGUGCUGAUAUUUCCGAAGUAGCCAAUGCGGUCGGCAAAGAUUCUAGAAUAGGGUCAAAGUUCCUGCAAGCUUCCAUCGGUUUUGGAGGAAGCUGCUUUCAAAAAGACAUUUUGAAUCUAGUGUACAUUUGUGAAUGUUUGAAUCUUCCCGAAGUUGCAUCAUAUUGGCAACAGGUCAUUGAUUUAAACGAAUAUCAGAAGACAAGAUUUACCAAAAAAAUUGUAGAAUUAUUAUUCAAUACCGUAAGUGAUAAGAAAUUAGCAAUUUUAGGCUUUGCAUUUAAAAAGGACACUGGAGACACCAGGGAAUCGCCGGCCAUUUACGUUGCCAAAACUCUUCUGGAUGAAGGUGCUAAGCUGCACAUCUAUGAUCCCAAAGUAGAGGCGACACAAAUAUUGGACGAUCUGACCCACCCGUCUUUCACACCUGAUCCUGAAGGAGUCCGCAAAGCCAUAGAAAUCUACGAUGAUCCUUACCAAGCAACGGCUGGCACUCAUGCCGUUGUCAUAUGUACUGAAUGGGACGAGUUCAUCGGCCUGGAUUACGAAGAAAUUUACAGCAAUAUGAUGAAACCAGCUUUCAUAUUUGAUGGGCGAAAAAUCCUCAACCAUGAUAAGUUGGCGAACAUAGGAUUUUUUGUCCAUACAGUCGGGAAACAAACAGUUUACAAGGCUGUCAAUGGAUUCUGAGGUCCAUAAUCAUUGUGAUAACUGAUAAUCUUCUGGUUUGAGUUUUUUUUCUCAUUAUUUUAAGAAUUUCUUCCUGUAUUGAAGAUAUAAUCUAGAUUUUUUUAACUUCAGUAAUUAUACACAUCUCAUGGAAGUUGCUUGGAAUUUUCUGGGAGUUCAACUUUAAAAUGAGGUUGCCAUCCUAUAAAAAUUCAGAAAAUCAUUGCAUGAUGUUUUCAUUUUUCAAGUUCAAGUUAACUUGAUAGUAAGGAAGCCUGUCUAUUUAUGUUCUAAUCUACGAAUUAAUUCAUUUCCUCUUUUAGUUUUCAAAUUUUACACGCUGUUUACCCCUUUUUUCUUCUUUUAAAAUACACCUCUUAUUAUUGAGUCCCACAUCGUUUCAGAUUUUCAGUUGAUUCUCCGCAUUCUCUGCAAGAAUUCAUAUCUUCCUCUAAAAGUUAAAACCGGGUUUAUCAUUGUUACAAUACCUGAAGAGACUAUUUUUAUGUUUCAAUUCUACUUGACUAGGACUUAACCCUUAUUUUGUAAAUAAAAUAUUAACUUCAAUCAUUGUAAAACUGAUUUUAACUGAGUUCCUUUAGAAUUAUUGUUGAGCCAUCUGCAGAUUUUUGGAAUAUGUGCAAUCAUAUUAUGAGGUUUCCAUUUUUUCCAAUUUUUACUCUCCACACUCUGUGUAUUUUGUUCAAAAAGAACUGUAUAGACCAUUAAAAUAUUAGGUAUCGCAGUUUAAAUAAUGUGAAUGAAUUAUUAAGUAGAACAACCUAAUUUUAUUUAAAUCAAAAAUGAUUUUUUCAUUGAAGAGAAAUUUAUGUAAUCUUAUCAUAUUGUUUUACUGAAUACUUUACCACCUAUUAUAUUUGAAUUACGCAAAUUUUACGAAACAGUGAUCUUUGCGUAACAUGUGUCCAUCUUUCAAAUGUUUACUAUUAUCCACGGAGAAAAAGCACAAUAACCCAAAAAUUAUUGUAAAAUCAUCGUUCCGAAUUAUUAUCUUAUGUGUUCUCAAGAAUGCCGUCCUGUUUCUUCAACGGUUUGCUUUAAAAAAUUUAUGAUUAUGAAUCCUGAUAAAUUUGUGGUCUGUGUAUGAAUAAUUUUCUGGUUUCUCUCAGAACAGUAAAUUAGGAAUCACUGCGCUUUCUCGGAACACAAAAGUACUUUCAUGUUAAUUAUUGACAGCAUUACUGUCUUUAAACGCCAUUGCUUUGUUGUAAAUAUUUUUAAAAAAUUGUUAAUUAAUUUCAAGUGCAA